AUGGCUCUGGGAGUUCUCCACGCCAAAAUAAUCGCUGCCAUCACCCUCAUGGGCCCUCAGUGGUGGCUGAAGACCGUCAUUGAGCAGGUGUACGCCAACGGGAUCCGCAACAUCGACCUGCAUUUCAUAAUCCGCAAGCUGGCGGCCCCGGUGAUGGCCGUGCUGCUGCUGUCCCUCUGCGUGCCCUACGUCAUCGCCGCAGGCAUCGUGCCCCUCAUGGGCGUUACCAUGGAGAUGCAGAACCUGGUGCAGCGGCGGAUCUACCCCUUCCUCCUGAUGGUGGUGGUGCUCAUGGGAAUCCUCUCCUUCCAGCUCCGACAGUUCAAGCGCCUCUACGAGCACAUCAAGAACGACAAGUACCUGGUCGGGCAGAGACUUGUGAACUACGAGCGCAAGACGGGCAAAUCCAGCCCCGCACCCCCGCCCAGCUCCCCUUGAGCGAAGUGCCCGCUUCUCCUCCGGGGAUCACUCCCUGGCUGGCCCCAUCCCACACCCAAACUCGCUGCCCCUUCCUCUCUGUGGCCCUCUCUUCACCCUGCUUUAAACAAUGCCCCCCACAGGUGUACAUGUGUAAAUAUGCGAAACUGAAAUUACACUUAAAAAAACAAACAAAAAAAACUUUGAUUAAAAGAAUGUGAAUUGUAUAUCUUUAAAAUGGAAGAAAAUGUAAAUUAAUUUAUUAAAUUUAGUUGGCACUUUA